UGGGAAACUGGGAAAAACAGCUAUUGUACAAGAGAGAGAGUGAGAGAGAGAGAGAAGAAUAGAAAUGAAAAAUACCCAUGGGAAAGAGUGAACAGAAAGAGAAAAAUAAUACAUCAUAGAAAAACAGAACAGUGAAUACAUAUAACAAAAGAACAGAAAGGGAAAAUAACCAUCGAGUGAAGAGAACAUGUAUAUUUGAAAGAUGACCAUUGCUGAUAUAAAUUUGGUUUAUACUUCCUAACACAUUAUUAGACGAUAAGAAUUUAUUAAGUGGAGAAUUAUACAAUCAUAUCGCUGAUGUGUGGAUGAGAAUAGAUCGUUUUCAAAUUGCAUUGUCAUGUUAUCAAGAAGCAUUAAAAAUUCUAGAGGAUAAUAUAGAUUAUCAUCAUUUAGCUGAUAUGUAUCGGAAAAUGAAUAAUGUAUAUAAAAAACUCGAUCAUUUUGAUGAAGCCAAUCUUUUUGAAACAUUAGCUAAUGAAAUCGAUCAAGAAUAUGGAUUACCAUUUACUCCAGAUGAUCAGACAUUAAAGAAACAUCAGUAUGAAUUAAAAUAUAAGAAUGAUUUAACAUCUAAUCAACGUGCUCGGCAUUUGUAUUCAAUUGGUUUGUGUUAUAUAAGAAAACGCGAUUAUUCUCAAGCAUUAGAAAAUCUUUCACAAGCAGAACAAUUAUAUAAGACUAAUCGAUCACCCGAUACUCCAUCUUUUAAUACAUUUGCUACACUCUAUGAUAAUCUUGCAUUGGUUUAUUUAUUCCUCAACGAUGAUUUAAAAGCAUUAACCAUGUGGAAGAAAGCGCUUGACAUUCGUGCACAUAUACCUGUCACUUAA